CCUCUUCUUUUGUUCUUCAACUUCUUCUCGCCGAGUCGAGAUACACAGAGCGAGAUCGAGAGACUGAGGAGACUGAGGAGAUCGGGAAUCUGUUGAAGAGAGAGAGAUCGAGAGACUGAGGAGUGAGGAGAUCGGGAAUCUGUUGAUUCUCUGUUGAGUUGCGCCGCCCCCAGUCUCCCAUCCCAGCAUCGGCUCACCUAGUCACCUCCCCGCACGGCACGCACGGUCCGGCACAGAGCAGCAGCAGCCAGCGCCCAGCAGGCCACAGCAGCUUGAUACACUUUUGAUGUUUCGAAAUAUAAGUAGAGUCGCACAUUCUAUCCUUAGAAACCAGAGGAGCGGCCAUCCAGAGGUACGCAAGUAUGGGGGUGUUGUUAUGGUUGGGCUACAUCUGCCCCGAUGCUCGUAUUAUAGCUUUUCAAGUAGGGGGAAUGCUUCAUUAUCGUUGUACAACACCAAGAAGAGUUUUGUCCACAGUUGUUUUUCUAGGAAUUUCUCUGCCAGUAUAGUGACGAAUAAUGCCCAAGUUGCUUGGAAAAAGCUUUACCAAAAAUAUUCUUCCAGUGGUCAUUCAUUUCCCCCCAUUAAUAGGAUUGCUCAAGCGGUGAGCUUGGCGCUGGCACGCUCUCAUGUGAUGGUUCCUGGUAUUUUUGCUUUCACAUGUGGACAGCUUGCAUGGGCACAAAGAACGUUUCCAGACUUGGAUCACCCCCUUUCACAAAAUGCUUUGUAUAUGCGUGCACAAGAUGGGCAUGCUUAUAUGACCUCAUUGCUGUUCUCAGUAGUAGAAGCUGUAGUCUUGUUACUGAGAGCUCUCUAUCUAGCGAUUUUGUUUUCACCCAGCAUCAUGAUGGCACCAUUUGCAGAUUGCUUUGGAGUUCAGUUUAGGAAAAUGUGGCUUCAGGUUGUUCAUCGGACGCUUGAAAAAGCAGGUCCUGCAUUCAUAAAAUGGGGUCAAUGGGCAGCUACACGACCAGAUCUUUUCCCUAGAGAUUUAUGUACCAAGCUUUCAGAGCUUCACACCAAAGCUCCUGAGCACAGCUUUGCAUACUCAAAGAAAACUAUAGAAAGAGCAUUUGGCCGCAAGCUCUCUGAAAUAUUUGAUAAUUUUGAAGAGGCACCUGUAGCAUCUGGAAGUAUUGCUCAAGUGCAUCGGGCUUCUUUGAGAUUUCGAUACCCUGGUCAACAGGUGAAACCCAUAGUAGUUGCUGUAAAGGUUAGACAUCCUGGUGUUGGUGAAUCAAUCAGGAGGGAUUUUGUGAUAAUCAAUUCAGUAGCAAAAAUUUCAAAUUUCAUUCCUACUCUGAAGUGGUUGAGAUUGGAUGAAAGUGUACAGCAGUUUGCAGUUUUUAUGAUGUCUCAAGUUGACCUUGCAAGGGAAGCUGCUCAUUUGAGCCGCUUUAUUUAUAAUUUCCGUCAAUGGAAGAAUGUUUCAUUCCCUAAGCCAGUGUAUCCACUUGUGCAUCCUGCUGUCUUAGUUGAAACUUAUGAGCAAGGGGAAAGUGUCUCACACUAUGUCGAUGAGCUUCAAGGACAUGAAAGGCUUAAAUCUGCGCUUGCUCAUAUCGGGACUCAUGCACUUUUAAAGAUGCUUCUGGUGGACAACUUUAUUCAUGCAGAUAUGCAUCCUGGAAAUAUCCUUGUCCGGGUGUCUCAAAGCAAGUCUCCUCGAAAACGGCUCUUCAAAUCAAAGCCUCAUGUCAUUUUCCUUGAUGUAGGCAUGACUGCUGAACUUUCUGGAAGUGAUAGAGUAAAUUUGGUGGAUUUUUUUAAGGCUGUUGCCCGUCGAGAUGGUCGCACUGCAGCCGAGUGCACACUUAGAUUAUCAAAGCAACAAAACUGCCCAAACCCAAAGGCUUUUAUUGAGGAAGUGGAAGAGGCAUUCACUUUCUGGGGUACUCCAGAAGGUGAUCUGGUCCAUCCUGCUGAGUGCAUGCAGCAAUUGCUUGAGAAAGUUAGACGUCAUAGAGUCAACGUCGAUGGCAAUGUCUGUACUGUGUUGGUCACAACAUUGGUUCUCGAGGGUUGGCAGCAGAAGCUUGAUCCUUCAUACGAUGUGAUGCAGACACUGCAAACGCUUCUUCUCAAAGCUGACUGGGCAAAGUCUCUUUCCUACACAAUUGAAGGGCUGAUGGCUCCAUAACAAGGUUACAAGGUUCUGGUUCUUGUAUCUUGAUGCUCCUGUGAAACAAUUUUGAAUAUGCGGAAACCAAAAAUUAUACCAUUCCUAAGAAAUUACGAGUGUCUUAGGUCUGUUUUUUUUUUUUUUUUUUUUUUUUUUUUUUUUUUUUUUCUCUUCCCCUAUUUUUGAAAAAAUUUUGCUUUCACCGAUUCGUUUUGUGAAGGUGUUAUCCUUCUGUAUCUACCUUGUUAUUUCCACCAAUCACUACUGUUGACUCAAGCCUCACAAUUGACUGGCAAAAACAGCAAAAAGGAGUAAUAUAGAGAAAAUAAAAUUGUUGUGCAAUUCUUUCA